CCUUCCGAAAAUUACGUGACGAAAAAACAAAUGUUCUUGUGAUGACAGUGUUUUCCCUACUUAAAUGUGAUGUGAUAAAAACUUUUCCCGAACUUUGUGAGGAUGUUUGUCUUGGCAGUACUCAGCCUUCUUUUACAAGAAUCGUUACCGCUCCGUAUGGUGCGAGUGACAGUUCCAUCAUACCGGGUGCGAGGGCAACCGGCUCAGCUGGACUGCGACUACGAUCUCGGAGACGACGCACUCUACUCCGUCAAGUGGUACCGGGACAACGAGGAGUUCUACCGGUACAUGCCGAAGUUCGACCCGCCGAAACACGCCUAUAAGAUAGAGGGGAUCAAAGUGGAUGUAGCUAAGUCGGAUGACCGUAAAGUGAUCCUGCACCAAGUGACGUUGAAAACGUCGGGGCUGUACCGGUGCGAGGUGUCUGCAGAAGCGCCGAGCUUCUCCUCAGCUGCUGGAGAAGGAAAACUAGAAGUUAUUUAUUUACCAAGAGAGGGUCCUAAAAUAACUGGAAAUGAAGAAGAAAACAGGAGAGGUCAUUCAUUAUUGCUAAACUGCAUGUCGGGGAGAUCAUACCCAGCUGCCGUGCUCAGUUGGGACAUCGAUGGAGAAAAGGUCACAGAUCCAAAUCUCCUAGUGGAGUAUCCACCGACGCUUCACGCGCACGGUUUGCUGUCUUCGGCGCUAGGCCUGCGAGUGCCAGUGGGGCGAACCAUGCAGGUUCGAUGCACGGCGAGAGUCGCACCUGCUUGGAGGGAGGGCAGUGAAGCUGUUGUCGGGAACAGCCAGCUGGCGGAUAGCAAAGAAGCUAUGUUGCUCGGUAAUGAAGAGCUCAAGUGAGGCGCCAUCAUCGAGCAUAAUCCUGUUAACACUAGCCCUGGGCCUUCUCAUCGCGACGCAAUCCACGUGAUAAAUUAUCUCCGGUCUUAUAUUAACAAACGUGAUUUAGCCGUACUACGUGAUUACUCCCAAAAUAGAACAAUGGACGAAAUGGUUAUGCUGCGUCCACACAUAGGGUAUUCGGCGAGCAUUCGCGACACAGAUUAUACAGACACCGCACUAUAAAGAGUUUACAAGGAAGACGUGGUCACCAGACAGGUACAAUUUUACUGGUAAAAUACCACGAUUUGAUCAUCGCAAUUAAGUAGCAUCUUACAGCAUUACAUAUUACAGCAGCCCAGGUUCAUCCCUAAAAGUCAUUUUUAUAAAUAAUCAAAAAUUACAUAUCACAGUGUAAUUUUGGAUUAUUUUAAAAAAUGGCACAACUUUCGUUCACAUACUAAAUUCCUGCGAUAGAAAAUUGUGUUAGCUUUAAAGCUCCGUCUAGUAGUUGUGGUAGGUAUGUGAUUCCUGAUGACUCUCUCAUUUAUCGAUUUCUAAUGAUGGCGAAUAUUCGCCGAAUCCCUGUUUGGAUGUACCUUUAUAUUUUUAUCGAACAUGAUUCCUUGCUAAGAGAUUACUCCGAGAAUAGACUGAGAUCCUCAAUGGAAAUAAUAUCAUGUGGUUGUUUUGUAUGUAAGAGACUUUGGAAAAUGAGAUUUUGAGAAUAACUUUUUGUUACUCCUGGCAAAUUUUAUGUAAACAUUGGAUGAUUAAAAAAAUAUAUAUUAGGCAUUUGAAUAACAAAACAGUGAUUUGAUGCGAUAUUAUUAAAUUGUACCCACUGUAGGUAUAGCUGUAUAGAGCGACCACUUUACAUUAUCAUUUUACGUUAAAAUGUCGCCAUUAAAUGAAAUCAUUUAAUUGUAAUUGUUUAAUUUUACGUUGGUCACUUCGUAUUAAAAUAGACUGACUGAAAAAAUACAACUGAC